AAUCACGUGGGACUCAGCCAAGCAGUGACGUUAAAUUCUGCUCUGUCAGAGACAGCAUCUGUCAAGCCCACAUUUAAACUGCUGCCUGCGUGUGCAGCACAGAAGAACCGUGCAUUUCACAUUACAGACUAAAACCCCAGGAAAACUGCUCAAAAAAUCCUUCCUGCAGCUGCCAGGCAACCACGACGGAGAGAGGCAAAGCCUUUUUUUCCCCCAAUGCAAACUGAAACACUAAACCCCAGCUCUGCUGCUUAACAUUGCAGCUCACCGCUAUUACUAGAAAUAUGGAUACUGAGAAGAGAAUACAGCACUGCAUUGUCCAGCCGGGAAUACAGCAGAUGUAAAGAGCUUCAAUGCAUCAACUGUCAGAAAGAGUCAACUGUGCACCAAAUGCAACUACAGCUCUUUUGUUUAAUGAAAGAGAGAAAAUGAAACAAAGGAAAAAUCUCUGAAGACUAGGAUACAGACACAUGAAUAAGAAGGGUAACUUGAAGACACCCCGACAGAUGGACACUUUGGAUACUGUGAAAAGCAAUCACAGGAGGCAGACUGUUGGGGGAUGUGCGCAUGUUCGAUAGCAUCGUUUUUUGCUGAAGUGAUGGCGUGCCAAAAGUAUUUUCAGUAGACACAAUCCUCUCCACCUAAUGGUCUGACCAAGAAAGAAAGAAUGACGUCGAGGGACAUGUACCUGAAGCAGAAAGCGAUGAGUCAAGAGCAGUACUGACUGAGCACGCACCAGCAGUGCUGCUGGCCACACACAUCUGUUCCUAUUACUGGAUAUCUAUCUACACCAUGCUUCAGUGGAGAAGACGGCACUGCUGCUUUGCAAAAAUGACCUGGAAUGCUAAAAGGUCUCUGUUCCGGACUCACCUUAUGGGUAUACUUUCUCUAGUGUUUCUUUUUGCUAUGUUUUUGUUUUUCAAUCAUCAUGACUGGUUACCAGGUAGACCAGGAUUCAAAGAAAAUCCUGUAACAUACACUUUCCGAGGAUUUCGUUCUACAAAAAGUGAGACAAAUCAUAGCUCCCUUCGGAACAUCUGGAAAGAAGUAGUUCCUCAGACUUUGAGGCCUCAAACAGCAACUAACUCCAAUAACACAGAGCUAUCACCACAAGGAGUUACAGGCCUAGAGAACACGCUCAGUGCCAAUGGAAGCAUUUAUAAUGAAAAGGGUACUGGACAUCCAAACUCGUACCAUUUCAAAUAUAUUAUCAACGAGCCUGAAAAAUGUCAAGAGAAAACUCCAUUUUUAAUACUAUUAAUAGCUGCGGAACCUGGACAAAUAGAAGCAAGAAGAGCUAUCCGGCAAACUUGGGGCAAUGAAACUUUAGCACCUGGCAUCCAAAUCACACGUGUUUUUUUGUUGGGCAUAAGUAUUAAGCUAAAUGGCUAUCUUCAACAUGCAAUUCAAGAAGAAAGCAGACAGUAUCAUGAUAUAAUCCAGCAGGAAUACUUAGAUACAUACUAUAAUCUGACCAUUAAAACACUAAUGGGUAUGAACUGGGUUGCAACAUACUGUCCACAUACUCCAUAUGUUAUGAAAACAGACAGUGAUAUGUUUGUCAACACAGAAUACUUAAUACAUAAGUUACUAAAGCCAGACCUGCCUCCUAGACAUAACUAUUUCACUGGCUAUCUAAUGAGAGGAUAUGCACCAAACAGAAACAAAGACAGCAAGUGGUACAUGCCACCAGACCUUUACCCAAGUGAGCGCUACCCUGUCUUCUGCUCAGGAACUGGUUAUGUUUUUUCUGGGGAUCUGGCAGAAAAGAUAUUUAAGGUUUCUUUAGGUAUCCGUCGUUUGCACUUGGAAGAUGUAUAUGUAGGGAUCUGUCUGGCCAAGUUGAGAGUUGAUCCUGUGCCCCCUCCCAAUGAGUUCGUGUUCAAUCACUGGCGAGUUUCUUAUUCAAGCUGUAAAUACAGCCACCUAAUUACCUCUCAUCAGUUCCAGCCUAGUGAACUGAUAAAAUACUGGAACCAUUUACAACAAAAUAAGCACAAUGCCUGUGCCAAUGCAGCAAAGGAAAAGGCAGGCAGGUAUCGGCACCGCAAACUACACUAGAAGACUAUUUUUGUUCAAAUGUGGAAUCUGUAAAUAUUGCUUAAAGCAUGUAUAGUUAAAAACUUGAUUAUAUACAUAGGACAAGUUUUAGUUCAACUCAUAACAUAAAGGAAUUCAAAGCUAUUUUUUUAAUUUCUGAAUAAGUUAAUUCAUACAAUUACAAAUUAUGACAAAAAGGUAUCCCAAAAGAGUCUAUUUAAAUAACUGUAUAAGGAGAUUCUCUAUAUUAACAUGCAAUAAUAAGCAUGCAUACAGAAAUGGUUCAAGUCUUACAUUAGGGACCAAUACAAUGUAUCUGCAUACAUUUUCUAUAUAACUCUUAAGAAAUGAAGGCAGUAAAAGGAUUCCUAGAUUUACUUUUGAUUUCACUAUAAAACUAAAUGUAAAUAAGGCAGUAUUAUUGAUUUUAAUGGAACUUUGUAAUUGUGCAAAGAACAAAUUUUCUGACCUGACUCUAGAGUUCUAAAACUUUAUACUACAUGCAAUAAGAUUUAGUUAAGUUAUUCCAUAAACUCAUUUAUAGCAUUCAGGUGUUUGAGCAAUGCAAUUCUCAUUCAAGAAUACACUUUUAAAAAUAAUUUAUAAUUAUUUUAAUUUCUUUUAUUAAUACUCAUCUAUACUGGAAAAAUUAUUUUGACAUGUGAUAAAUGUGAAAAAUUAAUGUGUCUCAGGCUCAAGAUUUUAUAAAAUGAAUUAUUAAAGGUAUCAAAAUAGAUAAA